AUGGAUAAAACCGAUAUUGCUCAUCUAGAGGUCUUGAGCUUUGCGAAGCUUGCGAGCAAAGACCAGACCGAGUUGAACAAGCUUCUCGAUGCUUGUCGCAAACAAGGCUUCUUCUACCUGGAUCUUGCUGGUUCCAAUGUGUCUCAUGGGCUCCAUCAGCGACUGAAAGCCCUCUCUUUGAUGAAAGAUUGGUUUGACCGUCCCAAUGAGGAGAAGAUGAAGCUUCACAAGGAUUCAGUGACCAAUGGAUACAAGCCUCCUGGUACAUUGAGCGGUGUUGUCAAGCAUAUGAAGGACGGAUUUGAGAACAUCAAGCUACCACGGGACAACUUCUUGGGAACUGGCGACUCUCUUCCUGAAGUAUUCAAGAAUGACAAAGAGGUCUUUCGCGACGAUCUGGAGAUAUCCCACGGCGUCACAUUGACUAUUUUGUCGUGUCUGUCUGAUCUGCUCCAGCCACCUGUGCGACUCGAGGAUUAUCAUCAGGAAAAUAUGUCCUCGCAGUCCACCAUGAUGUACUUCCGCUACGCCAAGCAGUGCGCAGACAAGUCCAGUGGUGUCGGUCACAACAUGCACACCGACCUUGGGACUCUGACUCUCCUUUACUGCGAGCAAUGGGGUCUCCAGGUCUAUGCGCAGGCCACCAACAGCUGGAAAUACGUCCAACCGCGACCAGGGCUGUAUGUCGUGAAUGUCGGGGAUGCGUUGCGGUUCUUAUCAGGAAAUGAUUUGUUGAGUGCACUGCACCGCGUUGUGCCGGUUCCAGGCCAUGAGAGAAACGAAACCGAAUUCCGUACGAGCGAGAACACUGUAGUCUCCGCCCUGAACUGGCAUGACCAGAAAUACAACGUGUUCAAAGCAGCGCAUGUGGAGCAGGAAAAGAACACCAUUCUUACCGGUGGCAUCGGUGCCUUUUAG